GCGCUUUUAGAGAGGGAGAGAGAGACUCAGCGUCGGCAAAAAGCUCCCACCACUUUCUUCCUUCUCUAAUGGCGAAUCUCGCAGCCUAGCUUUCACACGAGCCACUUCUCACACCCUCUCCUCCCCACUCUACUGAGCCCAAACUGUAAACCCUCGCUUCUCCCGUGCCUUCGAUCUCUACUUGCUGGUCUUCGUCCGCAGUCAUGGCCGCAGAGAGGACACCGCCGCCGGUGAUUGGGAAGGCCGGGAGCUACACCGUCUUCAUCACCCCGCCUCCGAACCCGACGCCAUCCGAGGGCCCAAGAUCCCCCAUUGCGAGCCCUACGCCGAGCAUUAGUGCCAGCACCCCUGAAAAGGAGGCUCCUUUGCCGGCGAAGGCUUCUCCUCCUCCGCCGCCGCCGCCGGUUCAGGUACCACCCCGGCAGUUCGAGAAGCCUGCCGCCAAGUCUUCUGGAUCCGUAUUCGGCUUCUUCUGGGACGCCAUCGUCAAAGUCCAAAAUGCGCAUUCGAGCUUGGACGAGUACUUGGCGGAUUGGUUUGGAUUGAACCAGUCCAGGUACCAGUGGGCGUUGAAUGAUUACUACGAGAGCAGUGAAAAGGAAAAGGAAAGUGGUAAAGUUAGUAAACCAAAAGAGCUUUCCAGCAAAGUACAAGCUGUCUAAAAAGUUUUUAAAGAGUAAACUUCAACAUUGGCAUGUGGGUCCUGAAGUUAAAAACAUGUCUGAUGAAAUGCUGUUUAUGCUUUGUAUAUCAAUGAUCUAAAGCGGUCUCGACGUAUUACAGACCAAAUGAUCCUAUGUCAGCUCUUGUGUCAUCAUGCGGCUGAUCGCAGUUAGUUCAAUCGAGGAGGCAGGAAUCCGUGAUCAAUGAUUUCCUUUCAAAUGUUUUUCCUAUGUUAGCAUUCUCAGAUUACUUCUUGAAAUCAGUUGUCUUUGAACAUUUUAUGAAAUCAUCUGUCCAAAAGCAAUCAAAACGGUUGUUAUUUCCUCCUUGUAUGACAAUAAUAGCUUUUUCUAUGGUUUUUUUUU